AUGAGUGCGGUUCUCGAUGAAAGAUUGGAUUCCAUAUACUCUGAUUUACAUGAUAAGUUUGAAACUUUGAGUGACCAUGUCAAGAAAUUGGAUAGCCAAGUCGCACAUAACGUUGGGUUUGUCACAAGGGGUGAAGGAUUCCUUCCUGGAAAAACUGACACCAACCCGAGACGCCAAGUUUGCAAUGUGUUACUAAGAAGCAGAAAACGCCUUUCCCCGAGCGCUGUAGAAAUCACUUCUGCAGAAAAAAUCCCUGAAGCUGAAAAGGAAACGAUUAACCUCGAUGAAGAAAAGGAGGAGUCGGAAGAAGAUGUGGAAAUCGAUGGACAAGAAGGGAAUAAUGUCGAUCGACCGAAUACGGUAAAUAUCGAUCGACAGAAUGAAAACAAUGUCGAUCAACACUCGACUCCUGCCACGCCGGUGGUUGAGAGAGUGUAUAGGACUUUGCCACCCUUUCCUCCUAACAAGACGCAAACUAAGCGAGAAUUGGAUAAAGCGAUCUGCAAGAAACCAUUCGAUAAAAUCACGUUGGAAAUGCCACUAAGAUCCAGCGUGAAUCUCAUGCCACACUCUGUCGCGAUAUCCCUAGGAUACGACGAGUUCAAACUCACCAAAAUAACUUUGGUUCUUGCUGAUAGAUCCACUAGAGUACCUGAGGGAGUACUAGAUGACGUGCCAAUAAGAAUUAACGACUGUCACAUACCAACGGAUUUCAUUGUGUUGAAAUACCAGAAUGAACCAAAAGAUCCCCUCAUCUUAGGUAGACCAUUUCUAGCUAUCGCUGGUGCAAUCAUCGACGUGAAGGAAGGUCGGAUAUGUUUAAACACUGGAAACAUUUCAAUGACCUUCGAUAUGGAAAAACUAAUAAAAUUAACAACCCUUAAUCGAUAA